UGUUCCAUCUGCAACUUGGGGGUAGUAACACCAACCUCAUGGGAUUGAUCAGCCUGUAAAGUUUAUUUGAGUGCUAGCCAGAAUGCUGGGGUUGGAAUAUGGAGUCUCUUGCCCGCAUGGAGCUUGAAUUGUAGUGAAGAAAGUCAGCACACAGAUAUUGUAACACUAGAUCUUGUUAAAUGCUGAAAGAAAACUAAUAAGGGUGACGUCUUAGCAACUGGGGGAAGGGCACGUGGGUGCAGCAUCGGAGGGGGUGAUCUGGGGAGGUUCUCCAAGGGGGUAAUAAUUGCAUGGAGGCCUCAGUCAUGAGAAGGAGUCAGGUAAGCAAAGAUCGGGGGGGAAGAGUGAUCCAGUGGGAGGCAGCAGCAGGUGCAGAGGCCCUGCGGUGGGCACUGGCCUUCGGUCCAAGAAGAUAGAAAGUGAGCCAGACCAGGCACAGUGGCUCACUCCUGUAAUCCCAGCACUUUGAGAGGCUGAGGUGGGAGGAUCACUUGAGUCCAGGAGUUUGAGACCAGCCUGGGCAAUAUAGUGAGACCCUGUCUCCACAAAAAAUAUAAAAAUUAGCUGGGUGUGUUGGUGCCUGCCUGUGGUCCCAGCUGCUCAGGAGGCUGAGCCGGGAGGAUGGCUUGAGCCCAGGAGGUCGGGGCUGCAAUGAGCCGAGAGGUCAUGCCACUGCUCCAGCCUGGGCGACAGAGAGAGACCCUGUCUUAAAAAAAAAAAAAAGAAAAAAAGGGAUCCAUUGUGACUGGAGUAUAGAGAAUCUGGGAGCGAGCAGAGAUGAGAAAGUAGGGCUGGGCUGCAUGGCCUCAUGGCCAUAGUAAGGAAUUUGGGUUUUGAGCAUCACAGGAAGCAGUUGGAGGGUGCUGAGCAAGGAAGUGACAGGGAUUUACAGUGAAAAAGUUUUUGUGAUCACCGUGGAGUGAUUUGGCUCUAGGUGGCGAGAGUAGGCAUACACGGGUCUUGUGGCAGCCGUCCCAGCAAUGAGAUGACGUUUGUGGUUAGUGACAUGGCGGUCAGGAGCCCAGGCUUUGGUUGUAUCAGGAGGAAAAUUGUCUGAACACAGACUUCCUGUCAGACCUCACUGGCUAGAAGCAGAUUACGUGCCCACCUGCUGCCUUGUGGUCAAGGGGACUUUGCUGUAGUUCCUUAUGAUACAGGCCAAGCUGCUGUAAUGAAGAGACCCCAAGUACAGGGCCCCAGAUAGGAUAGAACUGAUUCUUUUCUCCCAUAAUACUCCAGACGUGUUCUGGGGCGGGCUGGUGCCUGAGCCCCAUGGGGUCAUCAGGGUCCCUUCUGUCCUGAUCUUCCAGUGUCCUUGAGGUCAGGGGCCGGCAGUCUUUUCCUGUGAAGAGCCAGCAAGUAACUAUCUUCGGCUCUGUGGACAGCCUUGCAGGCCAGCCAGGCCCUGUCACAGCCACUCAGUAGCUCCAAGGCAGCCGUGGACAGUGCAUGAGCAAGUGGGCGUGGAUGUGUGCCAGUGAGACUUAAGUAAAACAGGCUGCAGCCCAGAUUCGGCCCACCAGCUCAGAGACCACCGUUUCUCAAAUGCUUUGAAGUCAGGACUCCUUUCUGCCUGCAAAAUUACUGAAGACCCUAACAUGCUUUUAUUGAUGGGAGUCAUAUCUAUUGUUAUGUAUCAUAGUAGAAAUUGAAACAGAAAAUUGUAAAGUAUUUAUUAAUGCGUUUAAAAAUGGCAAUCACGGCUGGGUGCAGUGGCUCACACUGGUAAUCCCAGCACUUUUGGAGGCCGAGGCAAGUGGAUCACCUGAGGUCAGAAGUUUGAGACCAGCCUGGCCAACUUGGCGAAACCCCGUCUCUACUAAAAAUACAAAAAUUAUCCGGGCAUGGUAACGCGCAUCUAUAAUCCCAGCUACUCAGGAGGCUGAGGCAGGAGAAUCGCUUGACCCUGGGAGGCGGAGGUUGCAGUGAGCCGAGAUCGCACCAUUGCACUCCAGCCUGGGCAACAGAGCAAGACUCCGUCUCAAAACAAAAAUUUAAAAAAAAAUAGAGACAGGAGAGCUCGCUGCCCCUCUCUGUUCUCCGCCAUGGGAGGACACAAAAGGAGGCCGUCUGAAGCCUGGAAGAGGUGCUCAUCAGAACCCAACUGUGCUGGCACUCAGAUCGCAAAUUCCCAGCGGAAGGGACUGGGACAGGCCGUCAUAGCUGUCAUAGCGGAGCACCGUGGACUGAACUGCUUAAACAAUGAGCUUAUUUCUCAGUUCUGGGAGCGGGAAGCUCAGAAUGCCAUCAUGGACAGGCUGCGGGAGGAGCUGCAGGACUGAGGUACAGAGGCCGGGGGCCCAGGGCAGGACCCAGCCUGGACUUGACUCCCUGGGAUCCCAGGAAGGGCACACCCUUUCCUCACCACCCGAGUGAGCGCUGCCCCCUCACAGAGACCUCUUUGCCCCCUGGGCCAGGCGGGGCAGGCGCUGCGGUCCGGGAGGCCCCAUGGAGGUGGCGGUGCCCGUGAAGCAGGAGGCCGAGGGCCUGGCGCUGGACUCUCCGUGGCACCGCUUCCGCCGCUUCCACCUGGGUGACGCGCCGGGCCCGCGGGAGGCGCUGGGGCUGCUCCGCGCCCUGUGCCGGGACUGGCUGCGGCCCGAGGUGCACACCAAGGAGCAGAUGCUGGAGCUGCUGGUGCUGGAGCAGUUCCUGAGCGCGCUGCCCGCCGACACGCAAGCCUGGGUGUGCAGCCGGCAGCCGCAGAGCGGGGAGGAGGCGGUGGCCCUGCUGGAGGAGCUCUGGGGGCCAGCAGCCUCCCCCGAUGGGUCGUCAGCAACGAGGGUGCCUCAGGAUGUGACGCAGGGCCCCGGGGCCACAGGUGGAAAGGAGGACAGCGGGAUGAUUCCCUUAGCAGGCACCGCCCCUGGGGCUGAGGGGCCGGCGCCUGGGGACUCCCAGGCUGUACGCCCCUACAAGCAGGAGCCCAGCAGCCCCCCGCUGGCGCCUGGCCUGCCCGCCUUCCUGGCGGCCCCGGGCACCACGUCCUGCCCCGAGUGCGGCAAAACGUCCCUGAAACCAGCUCACCUGCUGCGCCACCGGCAGAGCCACUCGGGCGAGAAGCCGCACGCCUGCCCUGAGUGCGGGAAGGCCUUUCGGCGCAAGGAGCACCUGCGGCGCCACCGCGACACGCACCCUGGCAGCCCCGGGCCCGCGCUGCGCCCUCUGCCAGCCCGUGAGAAGCCCCACGCGUGCUGCGAGUGUGGCAAGACCUUCUACUGGCGCGAGCACCUGGUGCGCCACCGCAAGACACACUCGGGAGCGCGGCCCUUUGCCUGCUGGGAGUGUGGCAAGGGUUUCGGGCGCCGCGAGCACGUGCUGCGCCACCAGCGCAUCCACGGCCGGGCAGCGGCCAGCGCGCAGGGGGCGGUAGCUCCGGGCCCCGAUGGUGGAGGCCCCUUCCCGCCCUGGCCCUUGGGUUAGCCGCCUCCCGGCCCGCGCCGCCUCCCGCCCUUGGUGCUGCCCCCGGGCCGUCCCUCCUCUCUCCCAGCGCCACUUGGCUUCUUCCCCUCCUCCUUCCCUCCCGUCGCCCUCCUUCACCUGCGCCUCCCUUGUCUGAACUUCCCAACGCCUUCCUCUCUAUUCCUUUCCAACUCCUUUUCCCCCAAAUUUCACUUUCCUUCUCAGGUCUCAUCUCAGCUCCCCCCUUCUCCCUGAUUUCUUGGCCUCUCUCGCUGUGUGAAGGGGCCUCUCCCUAAUGUCUCCUCCUUCCCUCCUCUUCUCUCUCCUGCCGCCCAGCCUCCCUCUCCCUCCUCCAUUCCUCUUUCCCCGCCCUUUUCCUGCCUGAAGAGCAGAGGUGAGGACCUGGGACCCCUGAGGGGCAGGCAAGGAGGAGCUCGGGCGCAGGCCAGGUCCCCUUGAUGAAGCGGAGGCUGAAGGAAAGGGGUCUGGGUCUUGUCCCUAGGAAUUCUCCUCCCGCAGGACAGAUUGGGGGUCGGGGGAGGCAGCAGGUGAUGGCUCUGACAAGCUGAACCCAGGGCCUGGCUGUGGUCUCCUUGGUCUCGCUGCCCCCUGUGACCCAAAGGCAUGGGAUGGACAGAGAUGCCUGCCCCCGUGAAGCUGGUUGGGGAGGGCAGUUCACCAGCAUCCACAGAGUAAUAAAGUCACUGUGUGUAGACCCGGA